CAGCACACACACUCAACAGAGUUCCAUCUAAAGCUGUCGAGAGCACACCAUACGAACUAUGGCGUGGGAGAAAACCGAGUUUCUCGUACUUUAAGAUUUGGGGCUGUGAAGCUUAUGUAAAACGUCUCAUGACGUCUAAAAAUGAGUCAAGCAGCUGGCAACGACGGACAGGCUGUCCCAGAGGGUGAGCCUGAGCACGUGAGCGUGCACACUGAAGCGUCAAGCUUCACACCCCAGCAGGCCUCUGAGCAGGCGGUUCCGGGCGCGGACCCGAUUCCUGAAGCUGUCCCUAUCAUUCAUUGGGCCACUUUUGAUCGACUCUUCCAUGAGGAGUACAUCCCAGAGCACUUCGUCGAGGCGAAGCGAGAGGAGUUCUUGAAGUUCACCCAGGGUGAACUCACGCUGCCUGAGUAUCGUCAGAAGUUUGGCGAGCUCGCGGGGUUUGGGCAAGACCUCGUACCGACUGUGGAGAAGCGGUGCAAACGCUUCAUGGAGGGCUUACGCGCAGGGGGCGUCAGCAGCACCAUCCCGUCCUCCUCCACCCUAGAAGGUGGGGACCAGCAGCAAGAGGUCCUUUGCAGCGCCGAGCAGCUCUCACAAGAGCAAGAAGGCAUGGAUUGGCUCACCGCCAACCAAGCCGUUGUUGACUGUGAAGCUCAUACUGUUCGAUUGAGAGCCGAAGACGGUAGUGACGUACUGAUCCAUGGUGAGCUUCUUCCGAAAGCUCCAGAAUUCAUUUCCUACAUUCAUGCUCGUCGACUCAUUCGCAAGAAGUGUGAAGCAUUCUUGUGCACAGUGCGUGACACUUGUCAGGAGGCGCCUAGUAGGGGGGACAUCCCAACGCUGAUACAGUCACACUAUGAGAAUCUUACGUAUGAGGAGGAGCCAGUUGAGAUUCUGGCUCGCGAAGUCCGUCAAUUGAGAAACAAAACCAUUCCGCUGGUCAAGGUCCUGUGGAGAAGUCACACCGUUGAGGAGGCGACAUGGGUAACCGAGGAAUCCAUGCGCGCUCGUUAUCCACAUCUUUUCAGUGAUCAGAUUCACUCAUCAGCUUAUGCUGAGCGUGUAGUUGUCUUUGCUACACGCAGAUAGACAUGACGGUGCGGGUGCUAACCCUGGAGAGCAGUGACGAUGGAGAGAUGGACGGCGCGCGGACGGGCUUUUUUUUAUUUCCAUAAACUUAAUUAAUUAAU